AUGGAUGCAGCAUUUCACUUAAUAUUUUCACCACAUCCUCAAGUACUGUUUAGAUUCAUUAACAGCUUGAAUUCAGAGUUUGAAGAUUCACAACCACAUUACCUCCCGUUUGUCGAGCAGAUGAAGACCUAUCGUACAAAGUUUGAGUCGUUCAACAAAGAUGUAUUAAAGUAUAAAAAGAUGGCUGAAAUGCUCAAUGAAAUGGACAAGGAGCUGCAAUUCAUGGAGAAAGACGAGAUGCUGAGACUCACACUGAAAAACAUCAUCAGCACCAAUCGUAACCUGCAGCAAUCGCUCUCACAACUCGAACCGAUGAUGAGGCAGCAAAUCGAACAGAUCAAAUCACUCGCCGACUAUAUAUGUCCACCCACCGAAGAGGCGUUUCGUCAGCGUGUGCUCGACCUGCUCGACAAGGCAAGCGUCGAGAAGCUGCCGGACACCGCCUCCAAGACCUGUGUCAUAUGCAUGGAGUCACAGGCAAACAUCGCCAUCAAGCGACACUGUACAGUAAAUCCACACACCACAACCACACCCAACAGCAGUCACAGCGCAUCAGCCACCACAACCACCUCCACCAGCAGACACAGAAAGGCUCUUUGUUGCGCCAAUUUCGCGUGUGCCUGCGGUCCAACCAUGUGUAAGGAGUGUUUCAUCAAGAACUACUGGAUCACCUCUAUCAAUUCCACCAAAUCAUUCUCAACAUGUGCAUGUUGUAGAUCGGAAUAUUGUUUAAAAGAUAUACAUUUAGUUCAAUAUGUAGCUAAAGAGAGAGAGAAGGAUAAAGAAGAUAUUACUACUAUAAUUAAUAAUAUUAAUAAUUAUAGUAGCAGCAGUAGCAGCGGCAAUAGUAAUAAAAAGAGAAAAGAUACAGAACCAAAUAGUACAGCUUCAUCAUCCUCAUCUUCAUCGUCGCAAUCCACUCAUUCAAAUUCACCAAAGAAAAAGCAGAGAAAUGAAUCUACUUCUAGUACUUUGACUAGCACCAGUACUGCAACACGAUCAUCACCUACAACUUCAACCACAACAACUACUACUACAACCACAUCUUCCACACCUGCCAACAAUAGACACAACAACAAUGUAAAUAAUAAUAAUGAUAAUAGUAGCGAGAUCUCGCUAUUAUUGAGAGGUCAAAGAUCCCCACACUCCAAUCAACAUCAUCGUGGACACUCAAGAUUUACAAUUAACGAUGUUUUUGUACGAUCAAAUCGACGUGAUAAUGUAAUUAAUGUGGACUAUCCAUACUCAUCAUCAAAUAAUAAUACUAAUACCACAACUUCAACUACUAAUAAUAGAGAAUCUAACAAAAAGAAAAGAAAGAAAACAUUUUAUUGGUUUCAACCCAACUUGUGUGUACAAGAUCAAAAUCGUACAUUAAUUACCAAAUUUGUCAAUUAUUAUAAUAAGAAAAAUCGAAAACAACAACAACAACAACAACAUCAUCAUAAUCAUUAA